AACAAAUCCACAUCUCAGCGCGAUACAACUGCACGCAUAAACCACAAGGGCCUUUCUGCUAGUGCAGGUGCACCUGAAGUAGCUGCACGCUGUUCAGAGAAGAGUGAGUUUGUGAAGAGGUUCUGGUGUACAAGAUGAGUGCCUCACUGGAGAGGACUACAGACUGUCCCUUGCCGCUUCUUGAAGAUGACUCCAGCCCAGAUGAGGAGACAGAGAACCUGACAGGCUCGAGUGAGUUACGUUGGGAGGAUGGAGGUCUACCUUUGGAGCUGCAGAGAGGCAUGGAAACCCUACGAGUGAACAGGGAACUGACUGAUGUGGUGCUGUGUGUUCAGGGACAUGACUUCCCUUGUCACAGAGCCAUUCUCGCAGCUGCCAGUCACUACUUCAGGGCGAUGUUUUGCAGUGGUCUGAAGGAGAGUCAUGAGGAGCGUGUGGAAAUAAAGGGGUUGGACAGUGGGACGAUGCGCUCUCUCCUGGAGUAUACCUACACCAGCCGAGCCAUCCUUACACACUCAAAUGUCCAGAGAAUACUAGAAGCUGCCAGUCAAUUUCAGUUCCUGCGUGUGGUGGAUGCAUGUGCUGGCUUUCUGAACAAGUCCCUGCAUCUAGAGAGUUGCAUUGGGAUCCUCAAUCUUGCUGAAAGCCACGCUCUACCGGCCCUGAAGACCGGGGCUCAGGACUACAUCACCUCUCACUUCUCCGAGGUGGUCCAGCAGCAGGACUUCCUGGAUCUGCCAGCAGACUCGCUAGAGAAUGUCCUGCAGUGUGACAAACUUGACGUGAAGUGUGAGGAGUGUGUUUUUGAGGCACUCAUGCGAUGGGUGAGGGCCCAACAGGAUGAACGAUACCCUUUACUGGCCAGGUUGCUUUCACAUGUUCGACUGCCACUGCUGGAGCCUGCAUAUUUUGUAGAAAAAGUGGAGUCGGAUGAACUGAUUCGCGGCUGCAGUGAGGCUUUUCCUUUGUUGCAAGAAGCCCGAACCUAUCACCUGUCUGGCAGGGAGGUGGUCUCUGAAAGAACCAAACCCCGCGAGAAACACUUUCUAUCAGAGGUGUUCCUGAUAAUUGGAGGCUGCACUAAAGAUGAACGCUUCAUUUCCACUGUCACCUGUUUGGACCCUCUCAGACGCAGCAGGCUAGAGGUUGCCAGGCUGCCAAUCACAGAGAUGGAGGACGAAUCCCAAAACAGAAAAUGGGUGGAGUUUGCCUGCAUCACCUUCCGCAAUGAAGUGUACAUAUCUGGAGGUAAAGAGACACAGCAUGAUGUCUGGAAAUAUAAUGGCGCCCUAGACAAGUGGAUCCAGAUCGAGGUGCUGACAACUGGGCGCUGGAGACACAAGAUGGCAGUUCAUGGGGGGAAGGUGUACGCACUGGGUGGAUUUGAUGGUGUUCAGAGACUUGCUAGCGUUGAGGCCUAUGAUCCUUUUCACAAUCGCUGGACACAGGUGACACCUCUCGCAGUAGGUGUGAGCUCCUUUGCUGCUGCAAGCUUUGACAAAUGGAUCUAUGUGAUUGGUGGUGGGCCCAAUGGAAAGCUGGCAACUGAUCAGGUCCAGUGCUGGGAACCUGGGACAGACAGCUGGGAACUGCGGGCUCCCAUUCCCAUCGAAACCAAAUGCACUAAUGCAGUCACAUUCAAGAACUGCAUCUAUAUAGUUGGUAAGUUGGCAAAUGUGGUCAUCUGUGUCUGGUGUCUUUUGUGAGAAAUGGUGACACACAUACUUAUUAACCUUAAUAUGGUUACUGUUCAAUUCUCUGCUGCCUGUAACAACAAACUUUUCAUCACUCCGGGGCGGGAUAACAAGAACCAAGUCAUUUCCACAGUGAUGUGCUGGGACGUUGGCCGUGGGGUGUUGACGGAGGAGUGUGUUCUACCUAUGGGAGUGUCGCACCACGGCAGUGUGACACUGAUGAAGUCCUACACACACAUACACAGAGUAACACCUGCUGAGAGCCAGUGACACAGGCUUCUGUGAACAGGACAUUUCUGAUGUUGAGAGAAUGGCUGAAAGGGGAAAUAAAGUGACAGAAAAGGGAACAAUCAACUACUAGGUGUCAAUCACUCCUUUAGCAGUAUAAUGUUAUAUUACAGCAGCAAUUCUUGAAACUUGAUUUUAUACUGAUAUAAAUGAAUGAAUUAAAAACUACAGUAUAUAUAAGACUAUUUAAGACGUUUGAUACCAAGAAAUACAUUGUUUUAUGGCUUUUUACAGUUAAGAAUGGUUAAGAUAAAGAUGACAAAAACAUAGUAAGUAAUGAAAUGGAAACAGAAAAGAGCAAUAUUUGGAUCAAAUAAAUAUAUGCAUAUUUAUAACUAAAAAUAUGCACAACAACACUAUGUGUGACUUUCAUUGAGGAACCAAACCAAAGCACCUGGUGUUUUUUAUUCACACAGUUUGUCUUUAUCUCAACAUCUGACUCACAGGGUUCAGGGUGCUAACAGUGUAAAAACAGGGUGAUAACAGUAGAGGGUGUGUUUUACAUUUGAGUCAAACUAAUCACUCAUCAUACUGUCUUUAUGAGACACACAGCUACUGUAUUAUUUAUUAGCUUUAUUGGCAUUUGAAACAGACGUUCACAUUGACAAAGCAAUAGUAAAAUAUACAUACAAAUAAAAAUAAAUAAAUAAAAUGUGAAAGGAAAAGAAGACCUUGAAAGGUAGCAUACCUUUCUCUCUAGCUCACACAUCUGUCAAACUGAAUCUGGCGUUGAGCCCAUAAACCAGUGCUUGCUUCCGGUAUAGUUUUUCAAAUUAAAGUACUGCUAUAAGGUGACAAGUAUAGGAACGAGGUUUAUGUGGUGAAAAAAUGUUUGUGUUUGUUUAUGUGGCCACCUCAAUACUGAACAGUGGUAGAAAGUAACUACCGGUAACUAGUAGUACUUGUGUACAUCUAUACAGUUUUGAGAUAUCUGCCUACUUUACUUCUGUUCGCACAUUCCAAACAUUAUGGACUGAUCUGUUAAAGGUCAUUGUUAGGUUAUGUUGAUAUGUAGGUUUACCUAUUAAACAAUGAUCAGGUUUUGAACAAUUAGUUUGAAAAUCACAAGACCGGGAGCUCUCCGGUACAUUUUUUUCCUCUUUGGACAGAGUGGACAGUUACUUUCGCUCUGGGAGUUUAUCGAUGUUUGCGGUUAACUUUCAGAGGUUCUUCCAAGAGUUUUGUUUAAUGCAAACAGGUUCAAGGAAUUAUAACAACCCAGAAGCUUUUCGACAUAUUAUAUCAGAAAGGACGACAGUUAAACUGUUUAUAGGCUAUGUGAGACAUCAAAGUGAAAGUAAAGACAGGGGUCGAAUUCCUGCUUUUCUGAAAUGGCCCCUCCUUUUUACUUGGCCUAUUUCAUCUUCACCUCUGGUCUAGGUGAGUUUGUCUGCAGAUUAUGGCUGUGCUGAUUUUUGUUUCACACUAUAAACCAUCAACUACUGUCAGAGAGAUAUAAUGUGGUAAAUGUUGAUGAUGUAGUGUGUACUGUUAUUAUGGACUGAAGAACGAUACGUCAUCAAACAACAAAUUUGAUGACACUUAAAGAUAUUAAGUUUAUCACAUAAUUCA